AGUCAAUGGGAUAUGACGGUGCUUUUGUAGUAGACCGCUAACUUUAGCUAGACCGUUAGCUGGCUGUCAGGUCUUUAGGAGUGCGUUAGCCGAAAGAGAGAAUUUCCAGUGCCAAGGCAUUUUUGAACAAAGUUGUACAAUUCGUCAGCCUUAAUAUCUUUAUAAGAUGACGCUGAUGAUGUUUUCGGCUAAAGGAAGCCAAUUUAACUUAAGCUAGAUGGCUAGCUACCGUGUCAUCAACUUGUGAAUGUUAUAACUUAGUCACUGUGCGGGCCAUAAUAACCUUAUUCAUUGGAGAGUGUAGCUAACUAGCCGUUGUAUUAGCCGGGUAGCAUUACAGCGUGAAGUGAGAAUCGAAACGAAGUUAAAGUAGUGCUAGUGAAGCUAGCUAGUUUUAACUCGUAGAAUGAAAAAGACACAGCCUGACACAUUGGAUUUUGUUCCUCAAAAAGACAUCGUAUACAACAAACUUCUGCCGUACGCGGACAGGCUAGACGCUGAAUCCAAUGAUAUUUUGAGUAAGAUAAAAGGAAACUUGGGCCGAGCUGUUCAGCUUCGAGAGAUAUGGCCCGGUGUCCUGUUUUGGACGAGGAAACUUUCCACGUACAUGAGACUGUAUGGGCGCAAAUUCAGCAAAGAGGACCAUGUGCUGUUUAUCAAGUUGCUCUACGAGCUAGUGAUGAUACCCAAACUGGAGAUCAGCAUGAUGCAGGGCCUUGCUCGGCUUCUUAUUAACCUCCUCAAGAAACGAGAACUCCUGUCAAGGGAGGACCUUGAGUUGCCAUGGAGACCGCUGUAUGAGCUAUACGACAGGAUUCUUUUCUCAAAGACGGAGCAUCUCGGCCUCAACUGGUUUCCCAACUCUGUGGAAAGCGUGUUGAAAACACUUGUGAAAAGCUGCAGACCGUACUUUUCAGAGGCGGCUACUCAGGAGAUGCUGGAUGAGUGGAGACCACUCCUUUGUCCCUUUGAUGUCACCAUGCAACGAGCAAUCAGCUACUUUGAGCUGUUUCUACCAACAACUCUGCCUCCAGAACUGCAUCACAGGGGCUUCAAGUUGUGGUUCGACGAGUUGGUCAACUUAUGGGUAUCUGUGCAAAAUCUUCCGAGCUGGGAAGUUCAUCUGGUUAAUCUCUUUGCCCGCUUGGCCAAUGACAACAUUGGCUACAUUGACUGGGACCCUUAUAUUCCUAAGAUUUUCACAAGAAUUUUGAGGAGCUUGAAUCUUCCUGUUGGGACCAGUCAGAUGAUUGUACCACGAUACGUCACCAAUGCCUACGACAUCAGCCAUGUGGUGCUUUGGGUGUCAGCCCUCCUGGGAGGACCCAGCAAGCAAGCUCAAGCUCAGCUCAGUGGCCUUUUCAACAGUAUUACAUCCUUCUUUCACCCGUCAAAUCAUGGCCGGUGGUUGAUGAAGCUCAUGAAACUGCUCCAACGUCUCCCAGCCAGCGUGGUUCGGCGGCUUCACCGAGAGCGCUACAAAAAGCCCACAUGGCUUACACCAAUACCAGACAGUCACAAGCUGACAGAGGAGGAUAUCACAGACUUUGUGGAGAGUAUGAUGCAGCCAGUUCUGCUGGCCAUGUUCAGCAAGACGGGCAGUCUCGAUGCAGCCCAGGCCCUGCAGAACUUAGCGUUAAUGAGGCCCGAGUUGGUCAUCCCCCCUGUGCUAGAGAAAACAUACCCUGCUUUAGAGACUCUAACAGAGCCCCACCAGCUGACUGCUACUCUGAGCUGCAUGAUUGGUGUGGCGCGGAGCCUAGUGUCAGGUGGGCAGCGCUUUCCUGAGGGGCCCACUCACAUGCUACCCCUGCUCAUGAGGGCUCUGCCUGGCGUCGACCCAAAUGACUUCAGCAAGUGCAUGAUCACAUUCCAGUUUAUUGCUACGUUUGUGACUCUUGUGCCUUUGGUGGACUGUUCGUCCACCCUGCAUGAACGAACGGACUUGACAGAGGUGGAGAGAGAGUUGUGCUCAGCCUCAGCUGAAUUUGAAGACUUUGUGCUUCAGUUCAUGGACCGAUGCUUCGCCCUGAUAGACAGCAGCACUCUGGAACAGACUCGAGAGGAAACAGAAACGGAGAAAAUGACUCAUCUGGAGAGCCUGGUAGAGCUCGGACUGUCUUCAACCUUUAGCACCAUCCUCACACAGUGCUCCCUGGACAUCUUCAAGGUGGCUCUAGAAAAGGUGUUCAACUUUGCAACCACGAACAUCUUUGAGACUCGUGUAGCCGGCAGAAUGGUUGCUGACAUGUGUAGAGCUGCAGCUAAGUGUCACCCUGCAGAGUCACUCAAGGUGUUUGUACCACACUGCUGCAAUGCAAUAAAUCAAAUUGCCGUCAAUGAGGAAGUGUUGAAUGAGGAGGAGCUUGACAAGGAAUUUUUGUGGAAUCUCCAGCUGCUCUCUGAGGUGUCUCGUGUGGAUGGCGAUAAGAUCCUGCCUUAUCGCUCUGAGCUGGUUCAGAUUUUGCAGUUGACACUCCACCUCAAGUGUAAACAGGGCUACACUCUGGCUUGCAACCUGCUGCACCACAUCCUUCGCUCAACAGCCCUCAUCUACCCCACAGAGUACUGCAGUGUGCCAGGAGGUUUCCAUCAACCAACUGGUGACUACCUACCCAUUAAGGACUGGGGUCGACCUGGGGACUUGUGGAAUUUGGAAAUCCAGUGGCAUGUACCUAGUGUUGAGGAGAUCUCGUUAGCGUUUUAUUUACUGGACCUUAUUCUUCAGCCUGAACUUCAACGCCUUAAGAGAUUUGCAGAAGGCGAACAGGACAUGAGCAGAGAUGAUGUCCUACAGAGCCUCACCAUUGUUCAGCACUGUCUCCUAGGAGCCGGGGGUCUGAUGCCUCCACUGAAAGGAGAGCCUAUCCCUGAGCUGGUUCAUAGCAUGGUGAAUCUAGAUGAGACCACCCUCUAUACAGGAAUGGAGUAUGAUGAGUCCAGAGAGAACUACAGAGAUGCUAUCUGUAGUGUGAUGAGACAGCUGCUACAAUAUAUCCUGGAGCACUCAGAGGAUGACACCAAGUCUCUUUUCUCCAUCAUCAAGAUUAUCAGCGACCUUUUACACUUCAAAGGUUCUCACAAGCACGAGUUUGACUCCCGCUGGAAGAGUUUCAAUCUUGUGAAGAAAUCAAUGGAGAACAGACUUCAUGGCAGAAAGCAGCACAUCAGAGCUCUUUUAAUAGACAGGGUCAUGCUUCAGCAUGAACUGCGAAAGCUGACGGUGGAAGGAUGUCAGUACAGGAGCAUUCACCAGGAACUGAUGAGAGAUCUGUUGAGGCUUUCCACAAGCACCUACAGUCAAGUACGCAGCAAAGCUCAGAAUGUGUUGUUCACUGCACUGGGAACCUACAAUUUCUGCUGCAGAGACCUCAUCCCCCAUGUCCUCCAGUUUCUCAACCCAGACAACAGCGCUGUUACUCAGCAGCAAUUCAAAGGUGCCUUGUACUGUCUUCUGGGGAAUCACAGCGGCGUGUGCCUGGCCAAUCUGCAUGACUGGGAGUGUAUUGCUCUGACGUGGCCUGCCAUCGUACAGUCUGGCCUCAGCUCAGCCAUGUCUCUGGAGAAGCCCUCUAUUGUGCGGCUCUUUGACGAUCUUGCAGACAAAAUCCAUCGGCAGUAUGAGACCAUCGGCAUUGACUUCUCUAUCCCCGGUGAGUGCUGUGAUGUGGCCAAACAGAUUAUGACUACUGGGAAUCCUUUACCUAAGGAACAUGUUCCCUCUGAGGAAGAAGUAGCACAAGGUCUAAAGAGACAGGAGCUCAAGAACUCUGAGUCUGUCGGGAAAUACAAGCAGCUCAUUGGCGAUCUUCUGGACUCUCUCAGCAACGGGAACUUACCUUGGAAGUUUGAACACAUUGCAAUAGGCUUCCUUUCUUUGCUACUGAGGGAUGACCACCAACUCCCUCCAGCUGCUGUUUUGUUCUUUGUGAAAAGCCUCAACCAUGAAUCUCUCUAUGUCCGUAAGGUGGCGAUAUCAGCUGUGGCUGGCAUCAUGAAACAAAUAAAGAGAUCGCAUAAGAAAGUCCCUGUGAGCCCCUUGGAGCUCUGUGGCUUGAAAGAGCUUAGUGGCACUGUAGCAGGGGAUCGCGCAGACAACCAGUGGCUUCAGUAUAACAGCAGUACCCUUCCACGCACACAGAAGGACUGGGAUCAGUGUGUGUUUGUGGAGAAAACCCACUGGGGAUACUACUGCUGGCCAAGAAACCUGAUGAUGUAUGCGCCACAGGAGGAGCAGCCCACGCAAAACCUGGCCAGAGAGGAAAUGACAGAGUGGGAGCAGAUCAUCUUUGACCAUUUCUCAGACCCAGUGUUCAUUAACCAGUUCAUCGAGUUUCUCUCACUUGAAGACCGUAAGGGCAAAGACAAGUUCAGCCCACGCAGAUUCUGCUUGUUUAAGGGAUUGUUCCGUAAUUUUUCCGAUGACUUUUUGCCUCUGUUUCGGCCACAUAUGGAACGUCUAGUGGCAGACUCCCACGAGAGCAAGCAGCGUUGUGUUGCGGAGAUCAUCUCUGGACUGAUCAGAGGCAGCAAGCACUGGAGCUUCUCAAAGGUCGAGAGCCUUUGGGAGCUGUUGUGCCCAUUGCUCCGCACUGCCCUGUCAAACAUCACAAUAGAAACGUAUGCAGACUGGGGUACAUGCAUCGCUACAGCCUGUGAGAGCAGAGAUCCACGCAAGCUUCACUGGUUGUUUGAGAUGCUAAUGGAGUCCCCAGUCAAUGGAGAGGGAGGCUCUUUUGUCGAUGCCUGUCGUCUAUACGUGCUCCAGGGUGGUCUAGCUCAGCAGGAGUGGAGGGUACCUGAGCUACUCCACAGGUUGCUGCAAUACCUGGAGCCCAAGCUCACCCAGGUUUACAAGAAUGUACGCGAGCGCAUUGGCAGCGUGCUCACGUAUAUCUUCAUGAUUGAUGUCAGCUUGCCAUACACUCAGCCCACCACCUCCCCACGCAUCUCGGACUUCACAGAGAGAAUUCUGUUGCGGCUGAAACCUUUAAAUGAGGGCGAUGAGGAAAUCCAGAACCACGUGAUUGAGGAGAAUGAGGUGGGAGUGCAGGAUGAGAGGACUCAAGCAAUCAAGUUACUCAAAACAGUGCUAAAGUGGCUGAUUGCGAGUGCUGGUCGCUCCUUCUCCACUGCUGUCUCAGAACAACUGCAGCUGCUUCCCCUGCUCUUCAAGAUUGCGCCGGUUGAAAAUGAUGACAGUUAUGAUGAAUUGAAGAGGGAUGCAAAGACCUGCCUGUCUCUGAUGUCUCAGGGACUCCUCUACACAGAGCAAAUCCCCAUGGUCCUCAGUGUCCUACAGGAGAUUGCUGGCAGCAGCUCCUGGCACGCUCGCUACACGGUGCUCACAUACCUCCAGAUAAUGGUUUUUUACAACCUGUUCACAUUCAUGAGUGACCAGAAGGCAGUGAAUGAUGUGCGGGCGCUGGUGAUAAAGCUGCUGGAGGACGAGCAGCUUGAGGUAAGAGAAAUGGCCGCCACUACACUCAGUGGCUUCCUUCAGUGCAAUUUCCUGUCCAUGGAUGCCCCAAUGCAGGCACAUUUUGAGGCUCUAUGCAAGACUCGCUUGCCUAAGAAGAGGAAGAGAGAUCUUGGCUCUAUAGUGGACACCAUCCCAUCGGCUGACCUGGUGCGCCGCCAUGCUGGUGUUCUCGGGUUGAGCGCUUGCAUUCUUUCUAGCCCAUAUGACGUCCCCACCUGGAUGCCCCAGCUGCUGAUGGACCUGAGUGCUCACCUCAAUGACACACAACCCAUUGAAAUGACUGUAAAGAAAACUCUGUCAAACUUCCGACGGACGCACCACGACAACUGGCAGCAGCAUAAGCAGCAGUUCACAGAUGACCAGCUGCUCGUCCUCACUGACCUGCUGGUCUCUCCCUGUUAUUAUGCCUAAAACCUGUUCGGAACAGCUCCAGUCUGUGCAGACAUCAGCCUACAUUGGGGAGAGGACCUGAGUGAUUGACUGAGAUAAUACACAACAUCCCAGCAGCGUCAGAUGAAGAGUGGCACUCAGAAGGAUUAAAAUGUUGUGUAUUUAUGUAUUUAGCUCAUUUGCAUUUCUACUAUACUUAAUAUUUAAGGAUCCAUCAUAGCAGGGAUGAAUGGCCUGCAGUUUGUAACAUUACUGUACAGAUUUUUUGUUUUCUUUUUCUUUUGUGGUUUGCGUGCAUGUCCACGUGUGUGUGUGUGUGUGUGUGUGAAGGUUGAUGGAUGCUUGAAGACAUCAGCCGGUGUCCCACACAUUUCUCAGGAUUAUAUCCCAAGUAUCAGCUCUGAGCCAACACAUUGUCCAGUGUAGGACAUACUCUAUCUUCCAGCAGUGAAGUGUUUGGUGCAAGCCAGAGAGAACUGAACAAUGGUCUCUUUAGUUUAGACUUACAACUUGCAACACACAAUGUUUGUGUGGUUGUUUGAUCUAUAUAUGGUUAUAUGCAUCAUGUAUGUGUAUAUCAUGGUAUAGCAAAUAUGCACAAACAUUUAUUUAUUUACUUUUUUUUUUUUGAGAAGUGCUAAGUUUUCAUUAUUGUAUUUUUUCUUUUCAUAGAGAGUAUAUCUGAAAUUAAGUAGAUGGCUGAGCUGUGGGCAGCGGAGCCCGUUGUCAACUACUCCUGCAAAGAUAGGGAGAGCACAAACUCCCCGCUGCUGUGCUGUGUGAUUCGAUUGCUGUGCGGAUUCGAGCACAGUGAGAUCACUGUUUCAUGUGUCUCUGUGCACGAAAAAGAAAAACUGCCUGUCUAUAAUUAUAACCCUUUCCUUUUUAUCACAGGUACUAUUUACUUUUUAACAAAAAGUAAUGACUUUGGUUUGCAGUAUGGUUUCCCCUGAUGACUUAAAAUCAGUCUAAGCAUCGAAGCAUUUAGUACCUCACUAGCUAGUGUAGUGCCAAAACUGCAGUGUUUUCUUUCCCUUCUUUUUUUUUUCUUCCUUUUUUCUUCUUCUUCUUUUUUUUAGAUAUACUGUUUGCUUAAUUAAAGACAAUAAAAUGAAAAAAUGUUUUUAU